AUGAUAAUAAUGAUGAUAAUGCCAAUGAUAAACCAGAAAUAAAAACAAAAAAAACUAUCAAAGAUCUAGCUAAAAUAGACACGACAAUAAUAACACCAGCGACGACGACAUCUACAUCUAGUCUAAGCACACCAACAAAAGUAGUUGAUUUGCCAGCUCGUAGAAUAUCAACUUCUGAAGCUAGCACACAGACAAAUAAACCUUCCGUAUCACCCGAGGAAAUUGAAUGUUUAUUAGCACUUAAAACAUUGCUUCUUAAAAGUAAACGAUUAAUGGAAAUUUUUACAUAUUGUCGUUUAGCGUUGGUGAUAACUUUAUAUGUUUUGAUUACGUUUGAUAUAGUCUUGAUCUUAAAUAGUAUUGCAAAAGAACUUUGGGUGGAGAUUUUAACACAAGUGGUGAAUGGUGUAUUCACAUUGUUAACAUUAAUAGUUCACCCAAAAAGGAUUCGUAAUUUACCAAGAGCUAUAAAGAUAUUAAUUGGAUCACGUAAAAGAAAUCAAAGAUUGGAUGAGGAAUUACCAUUAGAUGUGAAAAUCACUCAAAAACUUGUAAAUGAAUCAUACGAGUGGUAUAUUUAUGAAGGUGAUAAAUCUCUUAUUUGUUCGCCAAUAAAGCUUUGUUUGGUUCUAACUUUAUGGAAUAUAGGUAGCUUAUCACAAUAUGGCAUUUGUGCAAGACCUAUUACAGUUUAUAUCGCACUGGGUGUAGUUAGUAUAAUUUGUGAAAUAGUACCAAUUCCAAUUGUGGUGAUUCAAUUUCAACGUGCAAAUACUGCUAGAUUUAUGGACACACAAAGUAGACUACUGCCAACCAGAAAAAAUUCGAGAUUUAAUCCAUAA